AUGCCUGCAGAAGCCGCCGAUGCAGAGACGGUGCCUCGCGGAGCCCGCCGCUGGUGGCCUGAUGUGAUGUCACCAUCGCUUGCCGCAACAGUGAAGCAAGAAGCUUGCACCAGCUACCCGUGGAAGCCUGCGAGGAAUACGAUGUCAAUGUGGCAAAUGAACUUUCCGCAGACGUUGCCAGGUGGACAUCGGAACCCCAUUUGUGCAUUAGGGGAGUGCGGCGACCCCAUGUGCCCCACAUUUCGUCCCAAGCAUCCAGAAGUUCGAGAGGCUGUGGAGAAAUGCAUCAUGGAAAAGUGCCUGGAGAACUUCCAGCCAGGUAAAUUGCAGACAUACGCUUCGAUAGGCUGCGGCUUGCUAGGCCAGGAUUGGAUCAUUCUUGAGCAAAUGCGGCGCCAGCAGAUGCUUCCGCGUCGGGCAAUUUUCGUGGAGCUGCGCACAGCGAAGCCUGUGAUGACGUGUGAAGGUGCUGAAUUUCCAAGGAUGAGCAAAGGUGGUGGCAUGAAUCUACGCCAAACAGGGUUUUGCGGCGACUUGGGUCCUGAUUUUGGUUUCAGUGCCGUGUUGCAGUUCAACAAGCCCGCUGGCAAUUCCAGUAGCUUCCUCUUCGAUUUCUCGGACGAUGCUCGGCGAGAUGUCAUCUAUGCAGAAGUCGGUGGCACUGAUGCGAUUGGCCACAUGACUUUUGGUUGCAUCAUUGGCGACCAAGCCCAUCGUCUGCCUGUGGAGGAUUGCUGGGAGCCAGGUGAACAGGCGCACACCUUCUUGUUCACAAUCAGUGCUGUUGGGAUGUACACAAUCUACAAGGAUGGACAGGCGAUCGCGAGAUCCUAUGGGCCGCCCCCUCAGUCGUCUCGAAGACGUCAUCUCUACGUCGGGCAGUGUGCUCCGAACAAGGGAGGUCACCAUAGCUUUGGCGGCCGCAUCCAGAAGAUUAAGGUUUGGGAUCAGGAAGUUGACACACUGGCAACAGAUAUGAUGUACAGCCACGAGGUAGCUAACGCCCAUCAGACCAUCGCCCAGUGGUAUAUGGGUGAAAUGGACGUGUGGUCCUUCAGUAGCUUAGCAGCUUACGCGGCUGCCUGUGAAAAGGACGCCCGAUUUGCGGCAGAUCUGCUUCUGAAAGUUGAUGUUCAUGAUGAGCUAGAUGGCUACGAUGACUUCGUUUGCAAGGCCUUGGGGCCCAAUGGCUUGGCGCUGACGUUGGGUGGUCCUGGGAAAAGCUGGCGACGGUCUGGGACAGGCUGGAUACCUGUGGACACGAAGUGUGCUGUUCUGGAUUCUGCAGAAGAAAGGAGUCUCGUGCCCUGGGCAUUCAUGGGUGCGUUCCCAGGACAUCAGGACAGGCAGCACUUCUUCACGAAGGCAUUUCAGGCACAGCGCGCUGACUGUUCUGAAAGUCGGCGGCCGCCUCGCCAGAGAAGGCCCCGGAGAUUCAAAGCGGCACCUCGAGCUGGCAGAGCACGGGCUCGCCGAACGGGAGCUGCAGAUCCACAACACUCGGGAAGCUGGUACGGCAUGACCGAUGAAGUUGCAAACCCCGAUGAGGUCUCUGUCUUGGGGCUCCUGGACGAACUGCAGCAACGAGCCCCGGGCUUCCAAGGCCAGCUGAGCAAUUUUGAGUUUGGAGCGAGCGAUCUCCUCCUGGACAUUGACGCUGCAGAAGAGGAUGCCCCCGCAGACGAAGACCUUCCUGGCCUUGUCAUCUACGGAGCGAGGUGA